AUGAAUACGUAUCAGGUAGAUAUUUGUCCUACUGUUACACCUUUAAAAGGAUUAGAACGUAAAGAUGGAGAAAAGAUAGGUGGUAAAUACAACUCCUAUAUAUUUACUGCAAAAUCUGAAGAAAAAUUUGAAAUAUCAGCCAUAGUUUACGAUGGAGAACCACUGAAAGGUAUAGUAGUGUCAAAUACUAUGGUUGAAAAAUUAACUAUAUACUUAGAUGGAUAUAAUAAGAUCUUACUAAUACACACUUUGGCUUUUGAGGUGGGUAACCUAUACUGGAUAAAUCAAGACACUACUAAAAACACAGAAAGAGUAACGUUUGCCGAAUUUUUACUUAAGGAAACGUCACAUCUAAACACAGGUGAACUUGGCUGCAUACUAUCUAACGUAACUCAACAUAGUGGAUUCAACUCCAUUGAUCUGCACAUGAAACACGAAUCUACCGCAAAAAAACUUGUUUCUGUAUCAGAUAUUAUAUUUGAUCUUGAUAAAAGGUAUUGGGAUUCUUCUGACUCUGGCAAAUAUUUGUCUGAGAUUUCCAGAGGAGAAGUGACUGUAAUAAAAUCUGUAAUAGCAGGUAGUAACUUCACAAAAAUCAUACAUAAUGCACUUUCCAAGACGUUUAUGAUUAGGGGAAUAAAACUUUCAAAUGGAAAAUAUAUGAAGAUUAAUGGUGGUUUUCCAAAUGAGGGAUUUGCAGAAUUCAAUGUAUACUAUAGAGAUAGUGAUUAUAGCAAUCCUUUGCUUGUGGAAUUGGUAGAAGUAUAUCCAACAACUCACAAUUAUGUUAAGACUAAAUUCUAUCUUACUAUGAAUGGUAAAGAUUCUAACGGAAAAUGGGACAUUUGUCAAAUAUGCUCAGUUAUUGAUGAGAAAACCGAACUUGUACAGAUACUUCAGAACAUAACUACACACAAUAGGCUUUUGGUUUACAAUAUAUCAGAUGAAAAACUUAGGAACAAGCUUGGAGAUAUACGAAAAGGUUUUUCUGUAGAUGUAACUCAGAUUAGAGGAUCCACGGGAGUAAUCCAAUAUUAUUCUUUUGAUGGGAUGUACGUUCCAUUUAAAAAGGAAAGGAAACAGACAAAAGGUUACUAUAUGGUUAGACAUGCCACUAUUCCUUAUUUUACUGUCAAGAAGAUUAAAGUUACCAAGACUAAGGAACUUACUGAAGACGAGCUUCCUCCCCUUGGAACUUUAUUUGAGAAAUUAAAUGCCUACUACGCUGACUAUUCAUACAAAGAUGCGGUGCUUAUCGAACUGGAGUGUUUGGAUCAUUCUGAAUCUGAUGAAUCUCCUCUUUUUUUCUAUUACUAUUCCCAGGAUGAGAGAGAUGAAUGGAUUGGCUAUAAAUUAGAAACACAUUUUGUUCUAGAUGAUGGAGAGGAAGCUAUUCCGGAUAAGAACACUAUAAUUACUCACAUUAAACAGCAUAACAACAAAAUAAUUUUUGAGGAGCUCUGGAAAAAACUAAAGGGAAAGCUUACUAGGUACCCUCCAGCGACUAACAAAAAUCCAAAAGGUGAGCAAACGACAGAUGAUACUACCAAGGAUAUAAGAGGACAUGGCAAUUCAAAGGAAGCUGAUGAGAAAGCAGAGGAGAGAACAUCAACAGGUUCUAUGCAAGACUCUAAACAUAACAUUCAUUCUGGAGAAUUCGAUGCUGUUGGAUGUGGCAUUGGAGUAACAUUUGGUAUAUUGGCGAUAUGUGUUGGUAUCUAUUUGCUAUUUCCUUCCAUUAAAAGGCUUGCAAAUCAUUAUACCAUUAAAAAGUUUAUGUAUAGUCGCUACGUUUAG